AUGACGGUGACGCGAUGGGAAUGUGGACUGGAGGUCACCCAGGGCAAGCUGCAGGCGCAGGGGGAGGAAGGGAGGCAGCAGGACUGCGCCCAAGCCGCAGCGGCCGCCACCUGCGGUCGCGGCGGCCAGCAGGGCUCCCUCGAGGAGUCCCGUCCCAGUCCCCAGGGAGCCCGCAGUCCCUCGGGGCCGGGUCCCGCGGGCGGGCAGGCCGCGGAGCCGCGGCGAGCCGGGAGGCGGCGCGCGCACGCGGGCCUGGACCCCCGCCCCCGUCGCCCCACACGGGGACGGGACAUUCCGCUCCUGCGCUCGCCCGGGGGCGGGGGGUGGGACCCUCCGAUCCCGGGCGCACAGGCGACGCCUGAAUCCGGGACGCUGGGAGCCGCGUUCCGGGAAUCGCGGCCGUCAGGCCCCGCCCCCCGCCGUGCGCAGCCCCCGGGCCAGUGGCCUGGCGCGCCGGGCCCGUGGGGGGCCAAUCAGCGCGCAGGGCCCCGCUCGGGGGGCGGGUCGGGGGCGGGGUCGGGGGCGAGUCCCGCCCGGGAGGAGGGCCGCGUGCCGCGUCUGCGGGGAGGACGGAGCGGGCCGCGGAGGGGCGGUGAGCGGGGGACGCCGAGCAGGGGACGCCGGGCGCAGCCAGACCCGCGGCCCGCGGCCGCCCUGUGGACGGGCCGGACCGGGCCCGGCGCCGAGGGGACUCGGCUGCGGAGACCCGAGAGCGAGGCGCCCGCCGGAGGUGAGGGGGCCGGGGCGGAACGCGGGGCCGCGCCGCGGGGGGGAGCGCGGGCGCGGGCGCGGGCGGGAGCGCAGGCGCGGCUGGACGGCCUGCGACCUGGCGCUUCGGGGCCGCCCGCCUGGCCGGCCCGGAGGGCGGCGCCCCCGCCGCGCGCGGGGAGCCGCCGAUCCCCGCCGGGAAAUCCCCGCAUUCCUCGGAACCGGUCCCGCAUCCGGAUCGGAGCCCGCAGCUCUGUCCCCGGGAACCUCAGCGCGGAGCGCGUCCCCCCGCGCGACGCCCAGCCGCUGGCCCGCACACGGACGGCCGACGCGUCCACUCCAGCACACACACUCACCGACCCCCCCCCGCCCCAGCUCCUUUGA